UUAAAUGGGUGGCAAGCCCAAUUGUAACAGCUGUUAAGAAUUGUCAUCGUGAGCAAAAUCAACGCAAGCUUUUGGCUUACAUGUGAUAAAUUUGCAAAGUAAACUAUAUCAAAAAGGCAAUAUUUAUUAGUGCUUCUGAAUCAACAUCAACAGACCCGGGUGCUCCCAAACGCAGGAAACCCCGCCAACGGAAUCGGCCUAGAAACAAACGCAAUCGUGUUGAAGAUAAAGAAAUUGAAACUGUUCAGCAUUCGCUUCAAAUGGAGACUUCUAUUCCAACAGUGAAGAAACUCAGCGGGCAAAGCACACAUGAGAGUGCCCUAAUUGCAGCCACGGACAAGACCCGUGAACAAAUUAUGGCUGAGCGCGAGGCCAAGAAGCAGGCAAAGCACAACAAAAAGAACCAAAGCAAAACAGUGCCAACGCCGCCCACAACAAAGAUUAUAACUGAAGUGGAACAAACUACAAUAACGACCAGACUUACAACUACAACGACCACUACAAAUGAUAGGCAAGAACAAUUAGCAACAACAGUGGCAGCUGCAGUUCCUACGAAAACAACAAGUGUAACUUCAACAACAACUUUGGAAUUGGGCGAAAACACGCGAGAAAAGAUUAAAGCUGAGCGCGAAGCAAAGAAGGCCGCUAAACAAGCUGUAAAAUCGGCAAAAGUUAGCGGUGGCAAUGUCGAUGCAGCAGCUCAGAAAUUGGCUAAUUUGCAGAUUCAGACCGCUGGUGCAACUGAAGCGGCGGAAUCGGAAAAGAAAAAGCCCGCACUCAGCAAAGCUGAGCGGCGUGCCAUUCAGGAAGCACAGCGUGCCGCAAAAGCACAAGGAAAAGCUAAGAAAGACACAACUAAGACACUAACAGCAGGUGCACCAGGCUCCCAGGCGAUUUCUCCACCUACUAGCACUAUUGGCUCUAAGGAAAUCAAGCGCGACAAUGAUUCACCAUCGAAAAUAGAAGGUUCACCCGUCAAAUCUGUGCCUUCGAAGACCGAACGCGAUCAUAAUGUAAAGCUGUUCAAUCAUUUGUUAUGCACAUCCAAGGAUGCUAGCCAGUUUAUUAAUGAUCCACUUGUGCAUCCAAGCAUGGCACGUCUAGGCGAGCAAUACGCUAAACGCAUUGUUGUCGGUUCUAAUGCGCGAUGCAUUGCUUUUCUUAAUGCCCUGCGGCAAGUGGUGCAGGAUUUCGAGACUCCAGCCAAAAAGGAAUUUGGUCGUAGCUUAGAUGUAACAGUCAAACAUCAUGUGGAUCAUCUGCAUAAAUGUCGUCCGCUAGCUGUUUCAGUAUCUAAUGCUUAUAAACAGUUUAAAAAUCAGUUGACACAACUUCCCGUGGAUAAACCUGAAACCGAGCUAAAGGAUCUGCUCAGUCAUUUUAUUGACACAUACAUAGAGAAUCAAAUUGGCAAGGCUGCGCAGGCCAUUAGUGGUUUCCUGCAAGAGAAAAUCACAAAUGGCGAUGUGCUUCUCACUUUCGGUUGCUCCUCCCUUAUACAUUACAUCUGUGAAGAGGCAAAACGACGCCAGGUCGCCUUUCGCGUUAUUGUCGUUGACUCGCGUCCCUUCUGCGAGGGUCAAGAGAUGUUGAGACGCCUAAGUGCCGAUGGUAUACCCUGCACCUAUGUCCUAAUUAAUGCUAUCAGCUACGUCAUGCCUGAGGCUACGAAGGUGUUGCUAGGAGCUCAUGCACUUCUUGCCAAUGGCUAUGUCAUGGCGCGUACAGGCACCGCACAAGUGGCUCUUGUCGCAAAUGCUCACAAUGUUCCCGUCCUGGUUUGUUGCGAGACCCACAAGUUUAGCGAACGUUUCCAAACAGAUGCCAUUGUCUACAACGAGCUAGGCGAUCCCAAUGAGUUAGUACGCAGUGACAAAUGUUGCUUACUCAACUGGCAAACCAAGAGCAGAAUGACGCCAUUAAAUUUGAACUAUGACAUAACGCCUCCGGAAUUGGUCAGCGCCGUGGUCACUGAGGUAGCAAUUCUGCCAUGCACCAGCGUUCCUGUCAUUUUGCGCAUAAAACCGGAAAUUGGAUAUUAAUAUAAGUAAUGGCUGUCACUUCGAAAAUUAAUAAAUUUUUUCAGUUUGUAAGAAUUGACUAA